UUUUCGCUUUUAUCACACUUGGAACAAUGUCCAAGACAGCAGCAUUCGUGAAAAAGGCUGAAAAACGUCCGGAUAAAGCACCUGGAAUGAAACAAAAGAAAAAAGAUGAUGAAGGUGGUGUGGCUGCAGCUGAUGUACAGGAUGCAUGGUGUCAAGGAAAAACACUUUCUAAGCCUGCAGAUCAAGUGGAACUCACUGAAGCUGAGCUCAAAGAGGAAAUCACAAGGGUUCUGACUGCAAACAACCCACAUGCUCCUCAAAAUAUUGUACGCUACAGCUUCAAGGAAGGUUGCUUCAAGCCUAUCGGUGUUGUGGAUCAGUUGGCUGUUCACUUUGUCUUGGAGAGCAGACUCCUGCAUCAAAACUCUGAUGAAGCCCGUAGACUAAGGGCUAAGGAAGGUCUUCUUGAGGAGAUAGUAGCAUGUGACUCAGAAGCAGUUCCUGAAGAAGAGGAGCCAGAAACCCCGGCUACACCUGUUGAGGAUGGAGGUGAAGCAGAGGAAGUAGGAGAUUAUGAGAGGACAGAAAGUGGUCUCUCCAAAGACAGCACAAAGGAGCAGAAAGUGACUAAUCAGUUCAACUUCUGCGAGAGGGCCUCUCAGACACUCAAUAACCCCCUGAGGGAAACAAUGUGUCAUACUGAACUGCCUCCAUUAGCCACCUUUUCUGCCACUGCUAAUCAGUGGGAGAUCUAUGAUGCCUAUGUGGAGGAGCUGCAGAAGCAAGAAAAGAAUAAAGAAAACCAAAAAGCAAGACAAUUAAAGAAAGCUAGUGAUGACAAAAACAAAAGGAAGACAACAGUGAUGGAGACUCGUAGUGAUGACAUCUCCCAAGUGACCAAGGUGACCAAGAUUUUGGAAGGAAUGGUCCAUCAGAAUACAUUUGAUGACAUUGCACAAGAUUUCAGGUACUACGAAGAUCCUUCUGACGAGUUUAAGGAUGAAGGCACUCUUCUGCAUUUGUGGACUUUCCAACAUGCCAAAGCUAAAGGACUGUCUGUCACUGCCCUCUGCUGGAAUAAGAAAUAUCAUGACCUGUUUGCUGUGGGAAUGGGAUCAUAUGACUUCAGAAAACAGGGGUGUGCCAUGCUUAUCAUUAAUUCACUGAAGAACUCCACCUGUCCAGAGUACAUUUACCCCACCAAUUCUAGUGUCAUGUGCGUCGACAUCCACGAGGAGCAUUCCCACCUGGUUGUGGUCGGCUUCUCUAAUGGCUGUGUGGCUGUGUACAACUUGAAGAAAGAUGGAAUUGAACCCAUGUACAAGAGUACAGCUAAGACUGGCAAGCAUACUGACCAUGUGUGGCAGGUGCGCUGGCAGAAGGAUGAUAUGGACAACAACCACAACUUCUAUUCUGUCUCAUCUGAUGGCAGAGUUGUAGCUUGGACUUUGGUCAAGAAUGAACUGGUCUUCACAGACAUCAUCAGACUGUCACUGGAUGGUGUUGUUUCUGAAGGGCCAGAGGGAGAACAGCAGCCCCUAGUCGCUUGUGGUACAUCGUUUGACUUCCAUAAACAGAUCGACUAUCUCUUCCUGGUUGGCACUGAAGAGGGAAAAAUACACAAGUGCUCCAAGACUUAUUCCAGCAACUUCCUGGAGACCUAUGAUGCGCAUCGCAUGGCAGUGAAGGCUGUCAAGUGGAACCAUUUCCAUCCAAAGGUUUUCAUCUCUUGCAGUUCAGACUGGACAGUCAAGAUGUGGGACCAUACUAUAAACUCUCCCAUUUUCACCUUCGAACUGAAUGCAGCAGUUGAAGAUGUGUCUUGGGCUCCGUACUCCUCCACAGUGUUUGCGGCUGUGAACACAGAGCGAAACGUUCAUGUUUUUGAUCUGAACAUCAACAAAUUUGAAGCCAUCUGCCAGCAGACAGUGUUAACCAAAAACGCCAAAGCAACUUGCAUCGAGUUCAAUCCCGCCUACCCAGUCAUCAUAGUGGGAAGUGACCAAGGUAGUGUCUUCAGCUGGAAACUUUCCCCCAACCUCCGCAAGAAACCCAAGGUGAAGAAGGGCCAGCAGCUUCCUACAGGUCCAGAAGUGGAAAUACCCAAAGUGGAGACCCUUCUUCAUCUGCUGAGGGAGCCAGCAGACUAGCUUAAAGUGACCAUCGUCGCAUAAGUAUGGUAGAAUCAUUAACAUUCAUUUGUAAAAGUUAUAGACUUUGUGAAUCUGUCUGUAUAGUCUAUUAAAAAUGAGAGUACUAUGAAUGUUUUUCCUCCC